CAAGGAGUACAGGAUACGAUAAGGCUUUCUGACUUCGAAAUAAAAUUCGACCGUUGCGUUUCACUUCUCAGAAACCCUCGUCGGCUCUUCGAUCUCAAGCGAAACUUUUCCGAUUUCUCUACGCUCCUUCACUCUCUCUUUGCUUUUCUUUCCUUCUCCACUGUCGGGACCCGAGCGCGGAUCGAGAAAUGGCGGGGAAGGAACCGAACCCAGUCGGGACGGUUGCCGCCGGCCAGAACUUGGAGUGUCUGUUCAGCCCAAGGUUCAAGUCAGCGGCGGCCUUGGCUGGGUGGGACGAAGAGUCCAUUCUACUCGCCAGCCUUGUUGUUGAAGACACGCCCGAUCGAGAUUUCAAGCAGAGGAAAAGAUCCGACCCCCUUUUCAAGACUCCGCCUUCCAUCAGUUCCAGGAGGAAGCGUAGGGUUCAGAGGAGGAGUCCGUUGCCUGCGACUGUUCUCAAUCUUGAUGAAGAAGAACCCUCCAAAAAAGAAGUGAAUGAUAACAAGAAGAGUGAGUCACAAGCGGCGGUGAAGGAAGAAGAGAAGAAGAAAUCCGAGAAGAAGGAUGGAGAAGGGAAUAAAGAAAAUUCAGAGGCUUCAUGCUCAAAUUCUGUUCUUCCUUGCUUGGAUAAGCUUAGAGACGAACUUUCCUGUGCAAUUUGCUUAGAGAUAUGCUAUGAACCUAGUACCACAUCUUGUGGGCACAGUUUCUGUAAGAAGUGUUUGCGAUCUGCUGCUGAUAAAUGUGGGAAGAAGUGCCCCAAGUGUAGACAGCUAAUAAGCAAUGGGAGAUCUUGCACAGUGAACACAGUUCUAUGGAACACAAUCCAGCUUCUAUUCCCACAAGAUGUGGAAGCAAGGAAGGCAGCUGGGGCAUUGAACAGCCGAGAAGCCACUGAUCGCGAAAUCCCUCAAGAAAGACCAGUUGUCAACAAUGAGACGAGAAGGCCUAGUAGAGGUGUCAAUCCUAGCAGACAAGGAAGGCCAUUGGGUCAUAACCAGAUUCAGAAUUCUGGAACCUCUCAAAGAUUGCAAAGAGGAGAGUUCAUGUGGUUAUCAAGCCGGGAUGUUGAUGAUGAUGGAGUUGGGAGGCGGGGAAGAAGGGCAGGACAGAAUGAAGAAGAGGAAUCAGCGCUGGCUAGAAGGGUUGAAAGAGGAGAAGAGCUUGCAAGGUUGUUGAGAAGAGAGGCAGAAAGUAGAGGGAGAAGAACAAUAACAAGAGGAGCUACUGCUGUUGUGCCAAGCCAAGAUGGAGAUGCUGCUUUAGCAUUAAGGCUUCAGAGGCAAGAGCUCAUGGAGGCAUUUAGGGAACCUGAUGAAGGAAGACAAGGAGGAAGAAGUGGUCUGCAAUCUGCUAGAGCAAACUUGAGAGCAAUGGCGUCUAGAGCUGUCAGCGUUCGAUCCAGGGGAGGGCAGUACCUGUAAAAGACUUGUCAGUGGAAUGUAGAAUAGGGUUUUUCCUUAGGAGGGAUAUAAUGGUUUGUUUGAAGUAUCUUUCUCAUGAUUUUUCUUUUAUUUUUAUAUAACCUGUUAUCUUUCUCAUGAUUUCUAACGAGAUUGAACUUUGUACCACAUUCUUCGAUUGAAUGAGGGGUAUGUAGCCUGAUCAAGCAGGAUUUAUGUUUGUAACUCCAAACAUUUGUUUGUUAAUUUGAUAAACAUGGAAGGCAUGAUGCAGUUGAAAGGAGCGAGUCCAUGCAAAGAAUGAUUGAACUAGUCCCAAUUAUUUUUCGAUCUUGAAUUGAGUUUAUCUGACAAAAUUACAUAAGAUACACAUUAAAAGGUUUCUUUCAACAGCUUGAACUACACUGAUAAUUUUCUUUUCGGGGAAAGGACAUGUGUCUGAAUCUCCAUCGCAUCUAAAGUUAACACUUGAUUAGCAUAUGUAUGAUAGGUCUUCCAUGAAAGUCCGAUUCCACGAAGUUAACUUCCAUUCAGAGGCGUGUGAGUGAAGUUGACACUUGACAACAUAAAUUAAAUCGUCCACACAAUCUUAAUACAUUGCCUAAAACCAAUCAAGCAACAAAAUAGUAAUCAAACCAGUUACUCACUGCAUAUAAAUAUCACAGGGCCGGCUGACAUUUUCAGCUCCAAUAUAUAUAGAACCAAAAUUGCAAUGAAAAUUUCAUGGGAUAAUAUAUAUACAUGCGGUUAGUCAGUCAUGAGUCCCAGGGUAGGGUGGUAAUUAAGAAGACAGAGCCAUAAAUAAAACUCACUGAUGUGGGGUUAUUGAAAGCGUACGGAUCGGAUGGCCUCAACAUGCAGCAGCAGCAGCAGCCUAAUUCUCAAGACAGUACAGUACGUAGCUCUAGCAACAAAUUAAAACCACCCAUGGAUUGGAAAUGGAAUGCAUGUGCAUGCCCAGACCAACCAUAUCACGCUCUUUACGAAAUAUUAUUUUUUAUUCAUAGAAAUAAAAUACAUCAAUAUCGGGAUUUGAAUCAUGGUCUUUCCAAACAAAGACAACAUUCAUUACCAAUUGUACUAAAGAAAUAUUUGGUAUAUUUUUAAAGGGGUUAAUUGCAUGGUUGUUCACUGAGAUUACAAAAAAUGUUCAAGUUUGGUCACUCGAAAUAUUUAAAUCCAUUGGUGGUACUUCAGUUUACUGAAAUCAUUCAUGUUUGGUCACUCUGCCGUCCAACUCCGUUAGCUUUUGCUUACGUGGCGAUCAACUCUAAAACUUGACCGUUAAAUGUGUGACGUGACAAUUUAAAAAUAAUAAAAUUAAUUUUUUCAA